AUGCCAUCGCAAGUGCCGGAAUAUUCCAACUUCGGCAAAAAGAACUGUGGUUUCUCUCUUCAUGAUCAAAAUCCAACAAAGCAACUACGCUUUGGAGUUAUGAUCAAAAUCCCAAAGCUUUACAACGUGUUUCCCGCAAACCAUUCCGACCCCGCAAACCAUUCUGCUCCACUGAAUCCCUGUAAAACCCCACCCACCAAAUGCUUCGAGGUCUCAAUCUCAGACGCUCCAUCCACUCCCUCAUCCGCCCCCUUAAACCUCCCGCCGCUACCUCCACCGGCGUCCAACGCCAAUUAUCCUCUCUCUUCCGCUAAGCCCCGCUUCCGCCUGACCUUCAUGAAGCCCAACCGCGUACCUUCAUCCAACCUAAAACCCUCAGAGAGCUUGAAUCUAUAUUUAAAGAUUGUAACCAAAAUAAACAAAACAUCCCAAACGUAA